GAGUAGUCACAGUGCUUCUCCAGACUCAAGCAAGACUAAUAAGAAGAACAAAUGCAUUGACAAAAAAGGGGACAUGAAAACGCUCAAGAAAAGACGGCCGUGCAAAGAUACAAGCAAAACCUCUGCCCUAAAAAAGAAAGCCAAGUCUAAAUCAGUAGACCAACAACAGGCUAAAGCAGCCGCAAUAGAAAGCUCACCUGAUGUGGAAGGUAAAGCAAAAGAAGGAACAACGGAUACAACACACGACAGCUCUGGCGCCAAAUCCAAGAAACCUCAUGUCACGAGAAAUUCAGACCCCAGCAAGGCGAAUAGGAAGCACAAGAAUGUUCAUAAAGAGGGUGACACAAAGAUUGACAAGAAGAAAUGCAAAGACCAGGGUGCUUCAUCAGCAUUUAGCAAGACUGCAAAGUCCGAAACUAAAAUCCAACCGCUCACUGAGGGGAAAACAGAAGUAGACGGGAGCGCUGUAGGUGACAAGGGAGAAACUUCAGUGGAAACACCACAACCUACAAUUAGCAGGGCUGGUUACUCUGUAAUGACGAACGGACAAGUAACCAGAGAAGAUGUUGAAUCUACGGUGCUUAAGAACGCUCUGGAAGGGUAUAGUAAGAGGCCAUUUAUGCGCCUGCCACCUACAGCGUACCUGGAUGAGAAGUACAUCACCAUGCCAAAACGAAGGAAGGAGCUGUCGUUUUUCCAGUCGUCUCCGAGAACCCUCCCCAUGGCUCAGCAGACCUACGUCACAACGGCUCUGCAGAGACAACGAUGUGCCAACUGUUUUGUCACUUUCAACAGUGCCGAGGAUCUGCAGAGUCAUCUCCAACUGCAGAAGUGCUCAAACAUCUUUGGAUUUGACUCCGAUGAUGAGGGCAACAGUUGAACAUGUCUAAUAAAGUCUGAGUGAAUUGAUAUUUUGGAUGCAUAAUAUACUGACCUGCGUGAAGCCCACCAGAGCAAUCCUGACUCAACAGAUCCAUGUUCUCUGGGUGACAUGUUCAUUGCAGUGGGCAACGACUCAGGCAUCUGGAACCUGGGAACUGACAGGAAUACCUGACUUUUACCGCAGCACGUGCCUGUAGGAGCAGUCAGAACACGAGACAACCGUUUGACAAAAGACAACUGAACUGAAUCCCAGUCAGACCGCAGAACAGCUAGUACUGAAGUGCCUGCUCUGGAACCGCCGUGCUGUUUCCAGCUGCUUCACCUGGUAUGGAGAUUAACAAUUGUGGCUUAAAGACUGAACUCUUGAAAGCUGUGAAAAAAAAACACUUGCGCCAGAUGACAAGGCUGCUCCUGCUAUCACUAGGAUACAUAUUUUUCACAUCAGUAAGCCAUAUAAUGCCAUUAUUUGCUUUUUGCACUCUUUUCAUACAAUUUCAUUUUGCUUAAACUCAACGUGGCGGAGAUUGUGAAACGACUGAAGCAUCUUACACGUCAUGCUAUUUUAACAUCCUGAGGUUGCAUAUAAUUUUCUUACAUUUGCAAAGUUGUAUCAGAGUCUUCUUUGGGAAAAUGUAAUGUAUAACUCUUCUUUAAAUACUAAUUGUAUUUCUUAUAUCCCUAUGGGGUUGAUUAUGUACGUGUGUGUCCUCACCAUAAAUAACCAGUAGGGCGCAGUGUCCACCAAUCUCUUUAGGUUAACGGAUUUGUUUUAGUUUUUUUCCCCUCUUGCAAAACAUAAGUUUUGUAAUAUGUUUUGCAACAGCAGGAUUUCUACAUAAAAAGCUGCUCCACUGUAUUUUAUCACUGGAUGGACUUAAGAAAUGGCUUCACGUCCUGCUACCAACAACAAAAUGUGCCAGUAUCCCGCUGAUAUUUUGCUGGUUUCUGUCACACUGAACUGGUUCAGUUAAUUAUUUGCUCUCAGUGGAGCAGCUGACAUUCUUGCUUCCUAUAGUUUCUCACUUAAACAUAGAUUUUAUCUACUGAACUGUCUAAGACCACAGAAACAUUGUGAUUUCUCUUUUAGGUUGAAUGUUCUUUCCUUCAAAGAGAGAGUCAUAAACAACCAGUUUGUAAGUGUUACCCGGAGACUUCAUCCGUCUUUCAUGAGCAGCGGCAGGUUAUAUUUAUUUAAGUCUUUUUUUUUUCUUUUUUCUUUUUUAAAAUCUUUUUGUAAAUAUAUUAAGAGUUUCAGUGACUUAUUAUAAAAGGGGAUGUCAGAGCUGGGUUUAUAUUUUGUUCUUGUAAAAAUAAAACUUAUUUCGAAUGGCA